AUGGAUACAAUUGCGAGUCUUACUACACAAGAACAAGUAGAACGCGAGACUCUUAAAUAUCAGCUUAAAACUCCACUCCAAAACUUAAGCGAUGGGGAACAGUUGAAAUUUGUAAAAAAGGCUAAAGAGGACUGCUUGCACGUAUGUAAUGUAAUUGCCCCAGGUAACGGAGAGGAGCUCUUCGAGUCAAUGAUGUCUGUACAAAGAGAAUUAUUUGAUGGCGCAGUCCCCGAUGAUCUUGUGGUACUCAUGACUGCUUAUAAGAACGCGAAGACCAGGAAUUUAAAGAAACAGAUUCUGAGCCUUUACGCUCAUAGAUACCCUAUGACUAACUUAAGAAAAUUCACCAACCUUACGGAAGUCUCUCUACAUGGGAAAUAAAGCAAGCACGUUCUCAUGCUAAAAUGCACGGCCCUGGGACCAUCCCUGAAAUCAAGACGAAGCAUUGCGUACGCCUUGAUAUGGGGAAGGUCGACCACUUUGUAGAAUUCAUUAAUAUACCGUACUUUUAUCAGGAUGUUUCAUAUGGUAACAAGGUACUCACCCUAGAUAAUGGUGACAGAAUUGAGAUGCCUAACGUUGUAAGGAUCCUGACAAGGUCUACAAUGAUUGAGCAAUACUUGGAAUAUUGCAAAGAGCAAUGUCACGAGCCACUUAGUAGGUCUUCUCUGUUUAAAAUAUUGGAGGUUCGAGAAGCGUCUCAGCGUAAAUCGCUCCAGGGAUUGGACAAUACGGCUGCAGAUGGUGCUGCGGGCUUUCAGACUAUCGAGACGCUAGUUGAAACUCUUGAGAAGGGAGGAAUGGAGAAACAGUGGUGUUUACGUAUUUGCCAAAACCUACGCGAUGCUAAACGCUAUCUCAAAACUGACUACCGUGUACACUGUCAACAGCAUUACUCUACUUGCGCUGACCACUGUAGAAAGUUUGCGCUUAGUGAUCCUGUUGAUCCCGAGCUCCAGCAUCCUUGUCCGCAUCAGCAUCAAUCGACUUGCGAGCAAUGCCAAGGGCUGAAGGAUGUUCUAAAGGAAGUGAGACUAGCGAUUGAAGGGUCAUCAUGGAAGCCUUACAGUUGCGAACAACGAGAAGAUGUCCUUUACGACUUUGACCGUGCACAGUCAGACAUCUUGCUGUGGAAAGCGCACAUUGUACGCUCAAUAAAUCAAGAGGAGGCGAAACAAGAUGCACUGAAAUCAGAAGACCCACAGUCAGCCAUUCUGAUCAUGGACUGGGCCAUGAAGUUCCUCCAAGUAAAAUUUCGUGAGAAACAGUCUGAAUGGUUCGGCAAACGGGGGCUCAGCUGGCAUAUUUCCACCUUUAUAACUAAGAAUGUUGACUCUGGAAAAAUUGAGCUGCAAUCGUAUGCUCAUAUCUUCGACUCUUGCCAGCAAGACUGGUACGCAGUACGCUCGAUCAUGGAAAACACACUUGAGGUUGUAAAGAAAGAACAUCCCCAGAGUACCCAAGUGAACCUAAGGAGUGACGAAGCAGGCUGUUACCACAAUAACUUUCUCUUAGCCGCCGUUAGAGAUGCCGGAAGACGAGUAGGCAUUGAAGUAGCACGGUAUGACUUUUCCGAGCUGCAGUAUGGAAAGAUAUCUGUGAUAGAAUCCUUUGUCCAAUGA